AUGGCGGACAUCGUCGCUGAAGAAGACGAGUGCUCUAUCUCCAUCAAUUCCGCAUCAUCCAGUUGGAGCAGCUCCGAGGAAGCGGAAACCGAAACUGGAAGGGAAACUCUUCGAGCAGAGGUUUCUGAGAACGGACAGAAUGACUGCGACGACGCAGGAAGUCACAGUUCCCUUCCAGGCCAUGAAGCGAACGUGUUCCCGGCUUUCGAUCCCCGGAGUUCCGGCGACGACAUGCUCCUAUGGGCGUUCUACGAGACGUUCUUCACUUUCAACACGCAGCUUUCCGUUGUCAACACCGCCGAGCACUACCUGGACGGCGUUGCAACCGCUGCCCAGGUCUUCGUGCCCAUUCUAGGUAUGCUCAUCAACGACCAUCUGCGCCAGGCGGGGACGAGCUUCGACUCAGACAUGCUCGACCUCCUCGCCGGUCACAUUCAUGGGGAAGUAUUCGAACGCCUCAACUUCUUCGGCGACGGAAUCACGCUCCUGCCGCCCUCCACCGUAUGGGCCGAAUAUCUCCAGGACAGGGCGAAGAUAUCCAGACCGAGGCCUAUCGAGGGCAAGAACUUCGUCAUCAUGGACCUAUUGGGGAAGAUACAGCAGCGCGGAAACUUCCAAUUAAAGAGAUACGAAUAUGACGAGCCGCCCGGAAGCACGCUGGGCGAGGACCGGACCGGCACUGAGACCAGAAGCGGCGGGAAGGAGGAGGGAAAACGGAAAGCAAGGACGGGAACAGAGAUUAAGUCGCGGAAACUCCCUGGGCUUCGGGAGCACGCGCAAAUCGAGGAGCCAGACCCAGAUAGAUUCCGCUGGGAGCGGGUCUAUGAUAACCACGUUCCGGGACCUGGAGCAGCACAGGGCCCAGCUAGGGCAAUACACAACAUACACAGGUUUUGGGCUGCUAUGCAGCGACUGGAGACGAAGUUUCCGAAACUGGAGGAAGUCGAGCAGGAAGAGCUGCUCGGCCGGCUGGAAGAGCUGGCGGACUAA